UUGACUCACUAAUAAUUGUUUAAUUAUAAAAUAAAUAAUAAGUUGAAAACUUUGAACAUAUGCUGGUGAUAGGUAGACGACACGAAUGUUCUAUCCUCCACGCGGUCCUCAAAAACCGACCUUCUCCCUUUCCUUCAUCUCUCCCUAUAUAUAUUUUACAUACACACGCAUUUGUAAAAGAUAUUCAAAGAUCAAAAACAUUCUUGAUCCAUACAAAAAGACAUCUACACACGAUUACACAUACACACAUAAAACCUUGCCUUAUAUCAAGUUCUUUACAUUAAUCGUUCUAAGAUGAGCCAGUACAAUCACAACCAAUCUGCAGGAGCUAACUCUCCACCAACGAUGUCAACCGGUCCAGCGCCGCAACCGCCAAUUGGUUACCCGACGAGCGACCCGAGUCAUGGCUCGGUGGCUCCUGUUAAAGUCGAGACCAAAUCUAAAGUCUUGCGGCCAUGUGUUGCUGUUGUGCCCUGGACAUCUGCUUCUAAGGAGUUACAAUAACAUUGGAAUGGUUUCUUUUUUUUACGACGAGUUGUGUGACUGUGAUGUGAUUUAUUUAUUCUCUCUAGCCUUAUUGUAAAAAAAUUUAUAUUCUUGGUUUAUUAUUUUCUUGUAAGACUUUGUGGUUUUUUUUUAUUCGAACAUAUUUUAAUUUUUAAUCUUUAAUCUCUGUUAUUUAAAAUUUUAUUCUCUUGCUAAUGGGAGUUGUAUCGUUAAUCAACGGAGAGUUUAUAUCAAUCAAAGGAUAUAGG